GACAUGCCAUAUAAUUAAUUACUGACAUUCUCAAACACUUACAAGCAUAGUAAUUGUUAAGUAACUUAAAAUGGAAAAGUUAGUGAGAAUAAUUCUGGUAAUUGGUAUUGUUGUAUGUGUGAUUAAAUGAUUCCUAAGAAUGGAGUCAUCUAAUUUGCUUUUAAAAUAAUUGAAGUUACUUGUAUUAUGAUUGGAAUUGGUUUUAGGGAUAUUGCAGAGAGUAAAGGUUAUUAUAAUUGUUUUGGAAUUGGAGGAGGGUAUGUGUUAUGAUAUUAAUAGUUCAAAUAGAACAUAUAAUAUACAUAAUUCUAGCUAUUGUUGUAAUCAUGAUUAAUAAGAUAAAAAUGAUAAAAAAAUAGCAUUUCCUUUUUAAAAAAAUGAUAUUAUUAUUGUUGAGGUGGAUAUCUAAAAUCAGUAUGUAAAAUGGAUAAAUUCAUCAACAAAUCAAUCUUUUGUAUCAAUAUCAAAUUAUUAUUAUUAGACUCUGAUUAUUGACACAUCCAAAGAUUUGUAUCCAUGUGUGCAUUUCUAUAAAAGAUGUAAAAUAGAAAUUAUUUCUUGA